UCCGGCGGCAGGAUCUCAAGUCUCGCUCACUUCGGUGCGGCGUCGCUCGCGUCCGCACUCACGCCCGCUCGCACUCACGUGAAUCCGCCUCCUCCUUAGUACGCAGGAUGUCAUCAGGAAGUCGCCGCGCCACCCGCCACCAGCAGGAGAAGGAUGACGAGGUGCCACAGUGGAUUCCGGGUCUGGGCAGUGAUAAGCCCAAGCCCAGAACACUCGGGACGUCCUUCUUUGGGUAUGUGCCCGACGCCUUCGUCGAGAAGACACCGUACCUGCCCUCGGAGAGAACUGCCGACAGUGCCAAAAAACAGGCAGAGUUGGAAAAGAGUACAGGACAGCGGAGUGAGAGCGCCAGUGAGAUCAGUGAGCAAGACGCUACAUUGCAGCGAGACAUGGACGCGAGCAGCGACGAGGGCGUGGUGACCGAGGAGGUGAUCGUUCCUCGCCGGGUCAUGAGCAGCGCAGCCGAGCCGUGGAAUACGGACGCCCUGGACGGGGUGCGAGAGGUUGCUUGUUGCCUUGUCAACAAUGCCCUCAGCUCUGCAUCAUCCUUCGUGGAUGCCAAGGAUCCCAGCAGAUGCAACCGCGGCCACAGGAUAUCUGUCAUGAGUGCCCAGAAUCGCCUCCUCAUCAAGGGUGGGAGAGUUGUCAAUGAUGAUAUGAUGCAAGAUGCAGAUGUCUACAUUGAAGAUGGAGUCAUCAAGCAAGUGGGCCAGAACCUUCACAUCCCAGGUGGAACAAAGGUGGUGGAAGCCAAGGGUCGCCUUGUCAUGCCAGGUGGAAUUGAUACUCAUACCCACAUGCAGCUGCCUUUUAUGGGAACGUUUGCAGUUGACGACUUUUAUACUGGGACUCGUGCUGCGCUUGCUGGUGGCACCACAAUGAUCAUGGACUUUGCUUUGCCCCAACGAGGGGAGUCCUUAGUUGAGGCCUACCACCGCUGGCGUGCCUGGGCUGACCCAAAGGUGUGCUGUGAUUAUGCACUUCAUGUAGGCGUCACUUGGUGGUCCCCCAAGGUAGCUGAGGAAAUGCAGGAACUGACCGAGGAUCUUGGAAUAAACUCAUUUAAGAUGUUUAUGGCCUACAAGGACACCUGGCAGCUUGGUGAUGCAGACCUUCUUGAAUCUUUCAAGAGGUGUAAGGAAUUAGGUGCACUGGCUCAAGUCCAUGCAGAAAAUGGUGAUGCUAUCAAAGAGAACUCCAAGAAGCUGUUGUCAAUGGGCAUAACAGGACCAGAAGGACACGAAAUGAGUCGCCCAGAGGAGGUUGAGGCAGAGGCCACAAACAGGGCCUGUGUUCUUUCCAACCAGGUUGGAUGUCCCCUCUAUGUUGUGCAUGUUAUGUCAAAGAGUGCUGCUGAUGUAAUCUCAGCAAAGAGAAAACAAGGUUACGUUGUGUUUGGUGAGCCCAUUGCAGCCUGCCUUGGCACCUCAGGCAAGCACUAUUGGCACCAGUGCUGGAGACAUGCUGCAGCUCAUGUCAUGGGGCCUCCUCUGAGACCUGAUCCAGACACUCCUAGAUAUCUCAUGGACCUUUUAGCAAAUGGUGACCUCCAAGCAACUGGAACCGACAAUUGCACAUUUACUGCUUCUCAAAAAGCACUUGGAAAAGAUGACUUCACAAAAAUCCCAAAUGGAGUUAAUGGAGUCGAGGACCGAAUGUCUGUUAUCUGGGAGAAGGGUGUUGUUUCUGGAAAAAUGGAUCCAUGCCGAUUUGUGGCAGUAACUUCAACUAAUGCUGCAAAAAUCUUCAACAUUUAUCCCAAAAAGGGUCGUAUUGCUGUGGGGUCAGAUGCAGAUAUUGUUGUAUGGAACCCUAAUGCCACUCGUAUCAUCUCUGCAAAAACACAUCACCAAGCAGUUGACUUUAAUAUUUUUGAGGGAAUGGAAGUGCAUGGCAUUGCUGAUUAUGUCAUCUGCCAUGGUCGUGUUGUUGUGGAGGAAGGGGAGCUACGUGUACAGUCAGGAAUGGGCAAGUUUGUCCCAACACCUGCCUUCUGCCCCCAUGUCUAUGGCAGGGUUCAAGACAGAGACAGGGCCCAUGCUCCACAGAAGGUUGAGCGUGCACCCUAUGAUGGUCCAGUGGCGCAGCUGAAUAGUCAGUCCCAAGGCCUGGUGACAGAGCACAUCACAGCUGUGCAGCAGGAGAAUUUCUAUACCCGAGGUGCCCAACUUAAUGACAAGUCACCCAAGCGUCCAUCGGUGAAAGUGAACAACCCACCUGGUGGCAAGACCUCUGGCAGCUUCUGGUAACCUUGAAGCAAUUUAAAUCAUCAAGAACAGAAGUGAAUAUCUUCCCUUAUAAAUUUCUACAUGUAGAAUAUGGCACUAAAUGUUUUCUAUUGUACACCACACUCUUGAUCUUUAAGUUUGCUUUGUUAAAAGGAUUCAGAAACUGAUACAAGGAAAACUAAAAUUGACUUGCCAGAUAAAGAAAUGAUAAAUUGUCAUAAUUUGAUGUAAAUCAUAUUUCAAAACCAAAAUAACUUUAUAUAUAGAGAGAAAGAGAGAGCACACCUUUUUAAACAUCUUUACUGACAGCAAAUGUAAAUGUACAGUGCUGGCAGCAGAUGUAAAUGUACAGUAAAUACUAUGAAGAAGAAACACGUAAGUGGCCUCCCAGUUAAGCACAUUAACAACUAGAAUAAGUAAGAAAUCAUGAGAAAGAUUUUAUCAGCAGUGUUAUACUAUGAGGCUGAUUUCUUACAUACUUUAAUAAUUUGUUGCCUUACUAGGUAGGUGACAGAAUUAUGACCUACUGAUACUGUAUUUCUCGGGUCUUUCAAAAGCCUUUUACCUGUAUGUUAAUUGGGUCUAAACAAAAAGAUUGAGCAGCUUUAGAUCUGAAAAGCAGAUGCUUUAUAGUGCAGAUUGUGUUUAGUAUUCUUGUAAAUUUAAAAAAUUGCAUAAAUUAAUAUAGGCUAAAGAGAAAAUUUGUUUGUUAUUUAUCAUUAGCUAUUUUUUCUUCCUUUCAUUGUUGCUCAAUUAUAUUGCUUGGUUAUUUGAAAUAUGUAGUAAGUUUAUGUUAAUGUAAAUCUUUCUUGGCUCUUCCUUAUAUGUGCUGAUUUUGUGUAUUGUUAUUCUGUUUGUAAUGCUUCAUGGUGUUAUUCACAGCUAUUGACAAUAAAUAUACUGUCAGACUUCA